GUUCAAACAUAGUUUUGACAAUGACUCACACUCUUUCCUUCUUUUUUGCUUCUCUUAUCCCUCCUAAAAACCUUUCUUAACAUUCCAUCCAUACAUCAAAGUGAAACAAAGAUCACAACACUUUUCCAUCUCUCUCUCUCUUUCCACCAAACACUUCAUCAACUCUUGUCAAACUGUUAUGGAAACACAACAACAUCAAAACACCAUAGAAAAAAACAAUCAUCAUCCUUCUUCUUCUUCACCAUCUUCUUCUUCACCUACUCAUGAAUUCUCCUUCACAAUUUCUCUCCACUCUAACUCCUCCACUACAAUCCAUGACAAAUCAAAACCAUCACCACCUUCACUCGCACUUGACUUAUCUCCAGCUGAUGACAUUUUCUUCCACGGUCAUUUACUUCCACUUCAUCUCCUCUCCCAUUUCCCUUCCUCGCCUCGCCUUUCCACCAACUCAAACGACAGUUUCACUCUCCCUAUAACAGAAAAUGAAAAGUUUAGAAAAGACACCGGAAGCUGCAACACCAGCAACAGAGAAUUUCACAGCACAAACAACAUCAUCAAAGGAAUCACAAAAGAAGAAACCAAAUCCAGUUCCACCAACACAAAAUCCAACAGCUUCUCUUUGUUUGGAUUAACAAAAGGAAAUCACCACAAAGGAGAAAACAAUAACAGUAACAAAGAGAAGCCUCAGCAGAAUCAUAAUAAUAACAAUAAGAAGAAAGUUAUUGGUUAUGAUAUGAUUCAAGCAUUGAAGAAAUACUUUUUUAGAAAAAGAGAAAAGAAUCGAUUCCAUGGAGAAGCUUAUUCACGUUCAGGGAAUUUAAUGAGGAAAAAUAAGCCAGAAGUGAGAGGAAGUAGAGGAGAAUAUUCAGCACCAGCUUCCAUGAGAACUUCUCCAACAAAUAGUGGAUUAUUGCUAGCAAAAGGUGGUGCUGCUCUUUCGUCUUCAUCUUCUACAAAUGAUAGUACCAUGGAAGAGUUACAUGCUGCAAUUCAAGCUGCAAUUGCUCACUGUAAAAACUCCAUUGCAAAAGAAGAUAAGAUCAAUUAAUUUGCCUCAUAGUCAUAGAUACAUCAUAGAUAAUUAUUAUUAUUUUUGUUUUCUAGUUGUUUUGUAUUUACUGUUUAUAAUUUUUUGUUACUAGUUCUAUUGUAGUUACUGUCAUAAUUUUCACAUUUUAUGUUUUUUUUUGUUUAACACAUUUUAUGUUUUUGUAAUGUUAAGUUUAUAUCUGAAAUUUACCAAUAAGGAAGAUUUUGUUACUA